AUGAUAUUAUUAUAUUUAAUUGCAUUUUAUAUAUUUAUUUUUAAUUCAAUUAAUUCAUUGUUAGAAAAUGAUUUUUAUAAUAAUAGAAAUAAACGAGCUAUAUUAAAAUACAAUAAAUAUAAAUGGACCAAAUUACCAAUUAAAUAUUAUAUUAAACCAGGCUUACAAAGAGAUAACAUUUAUUAUGUGAUAAAAAAUUUUAUGUCAGAAACUUGUUUAACAUUUAUAGAAGAUAAAAAUUUUAAAAGUGAAGGUUUAAUAUUUGUUAAUAGCAGUAAAAGUUCAACAAAACUUGGUAAAAUAUCAACACGACGUCCUCAUUAUAUUUAUUUAACAAUAAUGGAUAACUUUAAGUCAAAUUUAAUUGAAACACUAAUAUUUCGUGCUUUAGGAGUAGACUAUGAAUUCAAUAGACCUGAUAGAAAUAAAUAUAUAAGAAUACAUAAAAAAUAUUUAAAUCGAGAAUAUAAACAUAAUCUUGAUACAAUACGUAAAAAAAAUGUUUUUACUUAUAAUCUUCAUUAUGAUUUUAAGUCAAAAAUGCAACUUUCAAAUAAUCAAGUAGCAUUUCAAAAUAAAACAGUUUUUGAAUCUAUUAAAAAAAUCUAUCAAAAUACAUUAGAGUUUCGUUCAUAUCCUUCAUUUAAUGAUUUUAAACUUGUAAAUUUUCAUUACUGUAAAAAAACAUGCAACAAAAAUGAAUUAAAAAGUGAAUGUAAAAAUUAUGGAUAUCAAAAUCCAAAAGACUGUUCUCAAUGUAAAUGUCCAUCAUUUUUCAAAGGAAUGUAUUGUGAAAAUUUUAAAAAUAUUAGUAAAGGUAAUUGUGAAACAACUGAAUUACUUGCAAAAUCAUAUUAUAAAACUUUAAAAUUCAGAAGUCAUAGUAUAUGUUCUUAUAUAAUAAAGGCUAGUGUUGGGAAAAAAAUUCAAAUAAAACUACCAAAUGGAACAUUGGGAAAUCCAUAUUUAUGUAGCUUUGAUUUAAAUCUUGAAAUUAUUCUUACAAAAGAUAAAUCUAUUUCUGGUGCAAUAUUUUGCGAUAAGGUUAAGAAAACAAUUAUUAAAUCUGAAGAUAAUAUUAUUUUUGUAAAGUGGAAAUAUUCUAGACAUAAUGUUACUUAUUCUUUACAAUAUAAACAAAUAAAACGAUAA